CAAUGCAAUUUUAUGUUUUUAUUAUUUUAAUUGUAUUUAUUGGCGAAUUGAUGAAACAUCUUUCUGGGAAAUAUUUCUUUGAUGUUAAUCGCACUUUUGCACACGGCCCUUACAAGAAAAGUCUUGGUUGAAACUCAAAGGUUAAGAAUGGAGACCGCCGGAAAGCCAAUCACAUGUCGUGCCGCUGUAGCCUGGGAGGCAAAGAAGCCACUCUCCAUAGAAACCAUAGAAGUUGCCCCUCCCCAGGCUCAUGAAGUCAGGAUUAAGAUUCUUCACACUGGGGUCUGCCAUACAGACGCCUACACCCUGGAUGGUCAUGACCCGGAGGGCAAGUUUCCAGUGGUUCUUGGCCAUGAGGGUGGGGGCAUUGUUGAGAGUGUUGGAGAGGGCGUAACCAGGGUUGCGCCAGGUGAUCAUGUUAUUCCACUGUACAUCCCACAGUGCAAAGAGUGUAAUUUCUGCAACAAUCCGAAAACCAACCUGUGCCAAAAGAUCAGGGAGACCCAGGGUGCUGGUGUGAUGCCCAAUGGGACCUCACGGUUCACUUGCAAGGGGCAGACCCUGUUGCACUUCAUGGGCUGCAGCACGUUCAGCGAGUACACUGUGGUAGCAGACAUUUCUGUGUGCAAGGUGAAUCCUGAAGCCCCCCUGGACAAGGUGUGUCUUCUAGGCUGUGGGAUUUCUACUGGAUAUGGGGCUGCCCUUAACACCGCCAAGGUGGAGCCAGGCUCAACAUGUGCUGUGUGGGGGCUAGGGGCCGUAGGGCUGGCAGUUGCUGCGGGUUGCAAGGCGGCAGGAGCCAAGAGGAUCAUCGGGGUCGAUUUGAACCCAGACAAGUUUGAAGUCGCCAAGAAGUUUGGCUGCACUGAAUUUGUGAACCCAAAGGAGCAUGAUAAGCCUACGCAGGCUGUGAUUGUGGAGAAGACUGGGGGUGGAUGUGAUUUCACCUUUGAGUGCAUCGGAAAUGUAGCCACUAUGCGAGCAGCCCUGGAGGCAUGCCACAAAGGCUGGGGCGUGUCGGUCAUCAUCGGCGUGGCAGCUGCAGGCCAGGAGAUCUCCACCAGGCCAUUCCAGCUGGUCACCGGGCGCACCUGGAAGGGGACAGCUUUUGGGGGCUGGAAGAGUGUUGACAGUGUGCCGAUUCUAGUAGACCAAUACAUGAGGGGGGAGGUGAUGGUGGAUGAGUUCGUGUCGCACAACAUGCCUCUCGGUGAAAUCAACGAGGCCUUCGACCUCAUGCAUCAGGGAAAGAGCAUUAGAACAGUGGUGGCGCUACAGUGACUGCUUCAAUUGUGAGAGAUUUGCAAGACUACAGUCGUAUGUUGCUUUGUUGAUAGCUGCAGUGUAUGUUAAGUAAAAUUGCGAAAAAAUAUUUGCUGAUUUUUUUCCUGAACGUGUGAAUACAGUUUAUUUUGUUGACAAUUAUGAUUGUUUAUGUUGAUUUCAGUAUGUAUAUGUUUCAUGUGUUGUUUUGCAAAGAGAUUUUCAUCACACUAAAAAAUAAUAUGUACCAAUGAUUCCAAAAUUGAAGAGAAAUUGAGUGGUUCUUAUUUAAAAUAUAUUUUUUACAAGGCACAAUGUUAAUAAAGGUUUUGUUUUUAACAGUGUUAAAGUGCAUCGUUUUAAACUAAAAACACCAGUAUGUGUGAAAAGUUUGCUUGAUAGAUUCUUAAACAUGUGAUUUUAUUUUAUGUAUGGUGAUUGAUUUAUACAAUGUGGGCUUGGUUAAAUGGAUGUGUGAUUGAUUGAUAUACCCAAUGUGCUAUUUCUGUAAAGUAUGUGUAAUUUAUUGGUUUAUGAAAAAUGUACACUGUUUAAUUCCUAUUACAUGUAAUCCUAUCACAACAUUUAACAGUGUAGCAAGCAGUGUUAGAUGUAUUCUUUGUGUACUGGUGAAAAUUUUGAAGUUUCAUAAUAUGUAUUAUGUUUAAGAUACUUUUGUGUAAAGUAACAUCAGUAUAAGUUCUACUGGUCAUUAAAGUAAAAUAGUUUUAAAAAAAA